CUUGUUUUCACUUCCAUGCCAAAAAUCAGUCCAACAAACAAGUGCCAGACUAAAGCUAAAUCACACAGCACAACAUAUCACGACCAGCUGCUGCGGUACUCCCACAAGGGUUAUCUGUUCAAAAUUGGAAAAUGUCAAGUGUUCUUGUGGUUGGGGGUGGAGGAAGAGAACAUGCUAUUUGUUGGAAAUUGAGCCAGUCUGAUCACGUUAAACAAAUUUUUGUUUCACCAGGAAAUGCUGGAAUAAGUCAAGUGGAUAAAGUUAUUUUAGUUGAAUUAGAUGUAAAGAACUAUGAGGCUGUAGCCACAUGGUGCCUGGCCAAAGACGUCAGCCUGGUGGUCGUGGGUCCGGAGGAUCCUCUAGCCGGCGGCAUCGCAGACAUUCUGCGUGACGCCGGCAUCUGUUGCUUCGGGCCGGGAAGAGAUGGAGCUCGCAUCGAGUCCGAUAAAAGCUGGGCGAAAGGUUUCAUGGACCGUAACGGCAUCCCCACGGCUAAAUGGAGGUCGUUCACCUCGGCGGAAGAAGCAAAAUUGUUUAUUCAGGGGGCCAGCUACGCCCCGCUGGUGGUGAAGGCCUCGGGGCUGGCGGCCGGCAAGGGGGUGGUCGUGGCCUCCGGCAGGGACGAAGCGUGCGCUGCCGUUGAUGCCGUGCUCACGGCGCGCAAGUUCGGCGCGGCCGGCGACAGCGUGGUCGUCGAGGAGCUGCUGCAGGGAGAGGAAGUGUCAGUGCUGGCGUUCUGCGACGGCUCGACGGUGAAGCUGAUGCUCCCGUCGCAAGACCACAAGCGACACCUGGACGGAGACCAGGGCGCCAACACGGGGGGGAUGGGCGCCUACUGCCCGUGCCCGUUGCUGUGUGGCCGGGAGCUGGAGUUCGUCAAGAAGAGAGUGCUGCAGGCUGCCGUCGACGGCCUCAGGAAGGAGAACAUUUCCUUCACUGGUGUUCUCUAUGCCGGACUUAUGAUCACGGCAGAUGGACCAAAAGUCCUGGAAUUCAACUGUAGGUUUGGUGAUCCAGAAACGGAAGUUAUUUUGCCACUUCUGGAGUCGGACUUGUAUAGUGUCAUGAUGAUGUGUUGUAAAGGAAAACUAGCUGAAAUGGAUCUGAAGUGGAAGACUGACAUUUAUACAGUUGGCGUUGUUAUGGCCAGUCGUGGCUAUCCUGAGACUUCAACAAAGGGAAAUGUCAUUGAAGGGGCUAAGUGCGUGGUCGCAACGGGCGCAGGACUGGAGGAGGUGUGCCGGCUGCCGGACCACCUGGUGUUCCACAGCGGCACGGCGCGGCACGGUGGGGAGGUGGUGACGAGCGGGGGCCGUGUGCUGCUGGUGGUGGCUCGGGCACGGGAGCUGGCCGUGGCGGCGGCCCGGGCCACGCUGGCGUGCCGCCUCGUCCGGUUCGACGGGGCCCAGCACCGCACUGACAUCGCCCACAAAGGUGUGGCCAGGGCGAUCCUCCAGAAAGGAAAGCUGACGUACAAGGACAGUGGUGUGGACAUUGUCGCUGGAGACACGCUAGUAGACAGGAUAAAGCGAGUCGUCGCCACGACGAACAGGAGCGGAGUGGUCGGGGGCAUCGGUGGCUUCGGCGGCCUGUUCGACGUGGCUGCUGCAGGCUACAGAGACCCUCUCCUGGUGUCCGGGACGGACGGAGUAGGGACCAAGCUGAAGAUAGCGCAGCUGUGCGGGACGCACGCGACGAUCGGGCAGGACCUGGUGGCCAUGUGCGUCAAUGACAUCCUGGCCCACGGGGCGGAGCCACUCUUCUUCCUGGACUACUUCGCCUGCGGGAAGCUGGACGUGGGCGUGGCGGGGCAGGUCGUCUCCGGGAUCGCAGAGGCCUGCCACACCGCGGGCUGUGCCCUCAUCGGAGGCGAGACUGCGGAAAUGCCGGGCCUGUAUUCCGCCGGGGAGUACGACCUGGCAGGCUUCGCAGUGGGCGCAGUGGAGCGCAGCAAGCUUCUGCCGAGAGUCGAUGAAAUCAGGCCCGGGGACAUCGUGAUAGGCCUGCCUUCGAGCGGCCUGCACAGCAAUGGCUUCAGCUUGGUGCGCAGUAUCAUGCAGAAGUCAGGGGUCAAGUAUUCAGACAAGGCAGUAUUCAGCCCCACUGGUAGGACUUACGGCGAAGAGCUACUGUGUCCGACCCGGCUGUACGUGAAGGGCGCCCUGCCGGCCCUGAGGAGCGGCAAGGUGAAGGCGUUCGCCCACGUCACGGGCGGCGGCCUCACCGAGAACAUCCCCCGGGUGCUGCCCCCCGAGUGCAGGGUGACGCUGGACGCCGCCGCGUGGACGAUACCGCCCGUGGUCGGCUGGCUGGCCGUCGCAGGCGGAGUGAGUGAUGCAGAGCUUCUACGCACGUUCAACUGUGGCGUGGGAGCAGUGGUGAUCACGAGUUCAUCAGAAAGAGAAGCAGUGAUCAGCCUGCUUGCCAGUGAACAUGCCACUGUUAUUGGAAAGGUAGAACGCUUCAGUGGAGAUGGUAGGAGAGUCGAAGUGGAUAAUUUCAUAAGCAGUAUGGAAAGAGUGAUGCAGCCUUAUGUUCCAUCGCUCGUCAGAUCACUUCAACCGAAUAGAAAAAGAGUGGCAGUUCUCAUUUCUGGCAGUGGGACUAAUUUGCAGUCUUUGAUUGAUGCAACAAAUGACCCAAACCAAGAAGUUGGUGCUGAGAUUGUGCUGGUGAUAUCAAAUAAAGCUAAAGUGGCAGGCUUGGAGCGGGCAGAGAAAGCCGGAAUUCCAACAAAGGUGAUCAGCCACAAGGACCACGCGACGCGCGAGCUCUUCGACGCGGUGCUGCACGCCGCACUGGAGGAAGCCGGCGCGCAGCUGGUGUGCCUGGCCGGCUUCAUGCGCGUGCUGACGGGCUGGUUCGUGGCGCGCUGGCGCGGCCGCCUGAUCAACAUCCACCCCGCCCUGCUGCCCCUCUUCAAGGGCACCCACGCCCACCGCCAGGCCCUGGAGGCGGGCGUGCGGGUCACCGGCUGCACGGCCCACUUCGUCGAGGAGGAUGUGGACGCGGGGGCGAUACUGGCCCAGGAGGCGGUCCCGGUCGAGGUGGGCGACACCGAGGAGACCCUGCAGGAGCGCGUGAAGGUCGCGGAGCACCGCGUCUUCCCCACGGCCCUGAGGCUGGUGGCCACCGGCGCCGUGCGGCUCCGAGAGGACGGCACGCUCGCGUGGAGGCGCUGACCUUCGCCGUCGCUCCCUCGGGCUCGCGAUGUUCUGCAGCUAUCCAGAGACGCGUUGCAAACCAACAAGUUACUGCAUUCAGUUAUAUAUCCGUUCAGUGGAAAGGACUUUGAUCUGGCACUCUCUAUCGUUCAGCACGUUCUGUAAUCUGAGUGGAGACAAGAUUUUAUGGGGUUUUUAGUUUUAGGCCAAUUUUGUUUUUAAAAUAGAUUUUGGUUAUUGUUUUUAUUUUUUUUAUAAACUCUGUUCAUUCAUGAAGAUUGCACAAUUUUCAAAAAAUACAUUUACUUUUUUAAUGAUACUUCACCAAAACAGUAUCAUUUUGACUGAUGCCUGAUGUACUUUCACAGUAUAAUAAUUUAUAAUAAGCAUGUCUAACUACUAGGAAUAAUAAUAAUAAAUCAGCUAGUUUAUAUACAUUUGAAAAAUGUGCCAGUGGCAUUAUGUAAAAAUAAGUUACUACUAAUAACAGUUGCACUAUCAAAAAAAGCAAAACUUUUUCCAAUAUAUUUAGUAUAAACAUUUUGGUACUAAUUCCAGGUUAAAUAAUUUACAUUCAUUGAAUUUAAUAUAUUUGAAAAUUUGUAAUGAGUUUCCUGAUUCAUGAUUUUUUGUUGCAUUACGGUGUUUGCAUUAAUUUGCAUUUUGAUGUUUAUGGUGUAGUCAUAUGUUUAUCUGUUUUAUUUCAGGUUUAUUGCAGUUCACCAUAUAAUCUUGUCCCAACUAAUAAGGGAUACAAGAUCAAAUGAAAUGAAAUGAAAUUUAUUUAUUUUAUUUGAUUUAUUUAUUUUUUGUUUGGUGUACUUUUCAUGCUAAAUAAAUUAGUUUCAUUGAAUUCACUAUAGUAAAAUAUUAAAUUUCUGGUUGGUUUCAUGAUUUUAGUUGCAUUUUGGUGCUAAAUGGAAUUCUAACUUACAUUUCAUUGUUAUAUUGUGUAUUAAUACACCUUUCGUUGUUAUUUUGGCUUUAUCGCAGUUCGCCGUGUAAUUUUAUCCCUUGUAAUUCUGCACCAAUCAAGCUGCUCACUAUUAGAUUUCUCAGGUGGAUUCUAGAUGUUGAUCUUGACUACCAAGUUGCAUUAAUGUCCAGCCAGCAUUUUUAAUUUACUGGGUGUGUAUCGUUACUCUUUGAACAAUGUUUCCUUAUUAUUACUGGUUAAUAUUUCACUUUUCAUGGGUACAUUUUCAUAAUAUUUUUUUGAUAUUCAACACUCAUUAUGUUUUCUUUCUAAAGGAUUCUAGCUCAAAGUCACACAAAUUUCAACUACAAACAUCAUGUAGUGGUUCUGUAUAUUGGAUUGUAUACGAGCUGUACUUCAAACUCUGUGUAGUUUAGCACUUGUAAAAACUUGACAUUUACAUUUUUCAAGUGACCAAGAAUUAUAUGUAACACAGGACCGUGUACAAAGUGUGUGUGGUUUUCAGUUUUGUGGCAUUCCAAUGAAAUGUAACAACUUUAAAAAUAUCUCUUUUAUUUUUACACCCUAGGCUUGUUAAUGAUUAUAAGUACUAAAUAUUUUUCAAUGAGAAUUCCCUAUAUUUUUGCUGUAGGUUUUUUAAAGUUAUAUAUUUUUGUUAACUUUUGUUAUAAUUUUUUUUUCUGUUUAUGAAAAUUCACAUGUUAAAUCUGAGAUUUUAUGAAUAGGAAUUAUGACUGUAUUUUAUAAACAAUCAAAUUUUUAUUUUGUAAUGAGCAUGUAAGCUGAUAGUAUUUUUCUACAUUGUAAUAUUUUUAUGUACUUUUUUAAAAUAAAACUUGUUAAACUAAA